CGAAGAUCCAAAUUUUCUCGUCGCACGCAGAACUUGCAUUAUGGUUUAGUUAUGAAAGUCUCUAAUGCGCCUAUAUUUCCUGGACCUAGCAUUCAGGAACCGGCUAUUUUCCCGUACAAAGUUACGAAAUCCACUUCACGAGCGUAGCACACGCAGCUUGGGCAUUAACUAGGUUGCGAAUACUGGAACGUGACAUACAGAAAGUCCCCAGGGCUGCAAGCCAUCAGCCUAGCUGUCAGCGUUGCAAUGUCUGUUAGGCAAAACACCGACGACCUGAUUGUAGCCCUCCAGAAGGGCGAGGCAGCUCUUGAACAGAUUGCACAUAAGCUGGAAGAAGAGGCAGAGCGGCGCUUCUGUAAGGGCGGCGAGGUAAACCCAUUGCAGCUUGCAAAACGCGUAAGGAAGUUAGCCAGCGAGCUCCCCGAGCUCCAAAACUCCUGCCGGGAUUUGCUUAGCUCGAAGCAGGGCCUCGUGGAUGCCGCUCAACGGCAGCUGGCGGCCAACCACGCCCGGCUAAAGAAGCUUUGCGAGGCAGCCGGGAUGCAGCCCGGGGACGAGGACGCUUUCCAGUCCUUCCAGGCGAGCAUGAGCGAGUGGAACAGCAAGCUACACCACCAUAGCGCAGCUGCUGUUUUCGCGGAAAGACCUCAACAACGCGUUGGCGCACGUCGCCAUGACGUCCAACGUCUGAGCACAGCAUCGGCACAGCGCUAGGGGCAAUAGAGGAUCGAGGCCACUACGGACGAGCUUGGUACUUCGUCACAGGUCUUCAGCGCCAUACGGACGUGGGUGGAGCUUAGUUCGGCACACCCUGUACAUAUACUCUGCUUUGCAAGGAUGCUGCAAGAUGGUCAUGUUGCUAAGCCAGUGUGAGCCAGCAAUGCGGGCAACAUUGAUGGGGACGGGAUCGUCUUGUAUAGGUAUGCAGGACCGUAGUCUUUAAAUAAGUGGGAGGGAAUCCUAUUCCUCUUGUAGUAUUGAGAGACACACAUGCAUGACAUAGUAUUAUGACUUUGUGAGUAGGGGUAAAGAGGAAACAACUAACCGACCAGUGGGGUGGCGGGCGGGAUUACUAUGCGGCAGUAGCUAGACGCAUCUUGCCGGACGUCUGUGCCAAGUAGGGUGAGGCAGUUGUCAGAGGUAGAAGCCCAGACCGCCAUUUGGAGCGGCCAUAGGCGAUGUGAACUUAACCGACAACUCGGACGCGCGUUUAGCACUCCGCAAAGUAGCUUGGUAGAUCGCAGUCGAAUGCUAUGUUAGAUAAAGCUAGGUUACUGAUUUGGCGCUUGGGACGGUGAUUACUGAGCCAUUGGUACGACGGCCUUCGCGGCAUCGCUCGCGCGUAUCCACAUCGGUUGCGUAUAGCUUCAUACGAAUGCAACAAGCAAUCCAUCUCCUUUCUAUUUUAGACUACUGUCCAAAGAUAUCAGCCGGCAAAGUCGCAAGCAUGUUACAACCCUUUGUAGCGGACAUGAUCAUGACGAAUUCAUGGGCAAAUAGAAGGGAAUGAAGCGGGGCACUGCAAGUGAUCCCAUUCAUAGGCCAGCACCUGUUGCGCGUUUGGUACGGAAGGCAGCAAGAGACGGUCCGCCACGCAAAGACUGCUUUAGAAGCAAACAGCACCAAAUACCCUUACUCCUGCAAUACCAAUCGCGGCUGUUAUGACCAAGACCAAGACUGAUCCGUCGCAGUCCACUUCGGACGUGCCGGAGCUCCCAGCGGCCGCGCCGCUGGCCCCGGGUUACGUCACGCCUUGCCAUCAGCCACCCAAACACGACCAUCGCCCUUGUGGAACUCCGGCCACUGCAUACGAGGCCCUCAAAGCAUGCC